GAAUCCCUCUCAGCAUCCAUCCCUGACAGAGAUGCCAGACAGGAAAAGAUGCCCUUAGCCGCUCAGGCUUUCAUUACUUUAUGCAAAAUUGAAUGAGCACCUUGAAGAAAUUCGACGAUUCUAUUUUUAUCCCAAAGUGUCUUUAAGUUGCUAGGCUGCUAUUUGGUGAAGCAUAAUCAACCAUGGCAUCUGCAAAUGUUAGCCUGGAAAAUCAGCUUCACAGUGCACAGAAAAACCUGCUGUUCCUCCAGCAGGACCAUGCCAACACUUUAAAGGGACUGCACGCUGAGAUACGUAGGCUGCAACAACAGUGCACUGACCUGACAUAUGAGCUCACCGUGAGGAGCUGUGAUCCCUCAGCAGACAGUGGUGAGGCCCGGUGCAGGGAGCUGCAGAGGAGGUGUGAAGAGCUGGAAGCAGAACUGAAGAAGAAGGAGGAGGAAAACACAGAGCUUCUGAGGGACCUGGAGCAAAAGAACGCCAUGAUCUCUGUGCUGGAGAACACAAUAAAAGAGCGAGAGAAGAAGUAUCUGGAGGAGCUGAAGAUGAAGAGUCAUAAACUGGCCGUUUUGUCGGGAGAGCUGGAGCAGAGGGCCAGCACCAUCGCGUACCUCACCUCUCAGCUCCACGCCACAAAGAAGAAACUCCUGGCUGGCAGUUCCUCUGAGGUCAGUCCCAAUGUCAGCCCUGUCACCUCCUACAAACCCACCCCUCCCCCAGCCAAAGACAGGCAGCCUGAAACCCCACGGCGCCGCAUGAAGAAGAGCCUGUCCCAGCCACUGCACCCUGAGCUCACAGAGGUGUACCGUGCCGGACAGGAGGGGCGGAGAAUGGUGCUGCGUGAGCCUGUAGACGCCAUGCCUGACCCCACCCCCUUCCUUCAGGCUGGUAGGGACUCUCCUGAACCACAGAUGCUGCGCGAACGUCCCUCUGUCAUCCCUCCCAUUGCACCCUCAGGCUCCAUGGCGCCCUCUGUUGGUGCCACAGCCAGUCCUCGUCACAGCCCUGCACGGGACAGGCAGUACAGGGCACAUGUCGGAGUGGCACACCGAAUCCCCCUUGGAGUCCCCCCUGCCCCUGCCCCACCACAAGCCGAGCUGGAGACUCUGGCUGUGGACCAGGUCAAUGAGGAUAAGGUGGUCCGUAAACGCUCAGGUGUGGACCGGACAGUUUAAAUCAUUAUGCACACAUCUACUGUAUACACUCAACUGUAGGAGCAGGAAGAAGCCUGACCCACUGUGUAGCUUGCUUUUUAUGCAACACGCAAUAUUUAGAACAAAAAGAGAAAAAAAUCACAUUUGAUUUUGGAUACCUUAAAGACUGAAAUGACUACUACAAAGCAUGCCAAAUGUUGCUGAACCACUGAGAUCUUGUAUCAUACACUUACUUGCUUCUGCUUUUCAAAAUUUAGUGGUGCAUAAACCAGUUUUCAGCCAAAAAUCAGCAUCAGUGCCUCCUCAGUCGGCUCAACUGUAGACAAGCUGUGUAAUGUAGUCCACGCUUAGUACUCCUCACGAUAUCACUGUAUGUCUUUUCAAAACAUAUCAAUAUACAGUAGAUACUUCUAAUAUUGGCAACUUCUUAGGGUAGAUUUAAAGCAAAUAAUCUUUUCUUGACCUGUCUGACCUUAAUGUUUGUGAAAACUGUAUGUUAUAGAUAUGAGCCGCAUAUUGUGCAAUUGUUUGCUGUUCAGAAUUUGUAAUGCAGUAUGAGCGGUGGAGAUGAGAGUGGAGACUUGCAUGUGUGAGAUUGAGUGAUACGAGGUGAAAAUACAUGGUUUGGACUGAACAAUGUAAAAUGAUGGUAUUUGUGAUACCAGGGCAUUUUUAAAAACACUGUAAUUUUGUGAUAUUAAUAUAAUUGUACUUUAUAAAGCCCGUGCAUUUUUAAUGUUUUUUUUUUUUUAU